CUCAAGCAGUUUGUGGUGAGACUUCGUUCGGUCUAGACGAUUGUCACCAUGGCCAUAAUUCAUCUGGUGAUUCUUCUCGUCACCCCGCUUAUUUUGCUGAUAGUGUACGUGAAACAGCGCUAUUCGUAUUGGGCCCGACAGAAAGUGCCUUUCAUCGAGCCACGAUUUCCGUACGGAUCGUUUUAUGAUGGACGCAACAAAGCUCAAGCCGAUAUCUCCAGGACACAAUAUAUCCAGAUGAAGGACAAGGGACCGUUUCACGGAUUGUAUUUUCUCGUGCAACCUCUCAUCACGGUCACCGAUCUGGAUUUGAUCAAAACAGUAAUGAUUAGGGACUUCAACUAUUUCCCCGAUCGUGGUGUCUAUCACAACGAGAAGCAUGAUCCACUCAGCGCCCAUCUCUUUGCGAUCGAGGGUAACAACUGGCGAUCGAUGCGGGCGCGUCUAACACCCACCUUUACAUCAGGCAAGAUGAAAAUGAUGUUUCCAACAUUGGCAGCCGCUGGGAAUGUCCUGUCUGCGUUCAUGGUUCAGACAGUAGGCGAGGGCCGAGAGUUGGAGGUUAAGGAAUACAUGUCGCGCUUCACAAUAGACGUGAUCGGUAGCUGCGCAUUUGGCAUCGAAUGCAACAGCUUCGAGGAUCCGGACAGUGAGUUCCGGAAGUGUGGUAAGCUAUUUUUCGACACACCAAGACACUCUCAGAUGAUUCGUCUCUUCCUGAGACUAUUUCCGGAGGUGUGUCAGCGGUUAGGAAUCAAAUCGUUGAGAGACGAGGUGAGUCAGUUCUUUUCUGAGCUGGUGAGAGAUACCGUGAACUACAGGGAGAAAAAUUCCAUCACACGGAAGGAUUUCAUGAGCCUGCUGAUUGAGCUGAUAAAUAGUGAUGGGAAGAUGACUAUCGAUGAGGUUGCGGCACAAGCGUUCAUAUUUUUUGCUGCCGGAUUCGAGACGUCUUCGUCCAAUCAAACAUACUGUCUGUACGAGUUGGCCCUCAACGAGGAAUGUCAGGAGAAGGCCAGAAAAUGUGUCCAGGGUGCGAUUGAAAAACACGGUGGACUGACGUACGAUGCGGCGUGCGAUAUGCAGUAUCUCGAUCAGUGCAUCAAAGAAACACUUCGAUUGUAUCCAUCCUUACCGGUGCUAGAACGGAAAACGUUCCGUAAUUAUCAAAUCCCGAACAGUAAUGUCAUAAUUCCGAAAGGGAUGAAGGUCCACAUACCCGCGUUCGCAAUUCAUCGUGACGAACAAUAUUAUCCCAAUCCAGAUUUGUUCGAUCCGGACCGUUUUAGUUCGGAGGAAGUGGCCAAACGACAUCUGUGUGCAUUUCUACCAUUCGGCGAAGGUCCCCGUGUCUGCAUUGGGCUGCGUUUCGGAAUGAUGCAAUCAAGGGUUGGGCUAGCGACCAUUUUGAAUAAAUUUAAAUUCAGCGUUUGUCCGAAAACCACCAUCCCACUGGAGUACGCAGUAGAUUCGGUUGUGUUACAACCGAAGGAUGGUUUAUGGUUGCAGGUGGAUCCAUUGUAAUGAUAGGUUUAUUUAAAAACAUGUUGAUUGUACCUUAAUGAUGAACAUUAAAAUAUAUCUCAAUUUACAAUAGAAUGUUUUUAUUCGCUCAAAAUAAUGCCUGCUGCGGCAAGACUGCUAAACCUUUAUAAAAAUUCUUUUGUACGCAUAUGAAAUAAAAAUAACGUCGUGAAAUGAUCAAGCCUAGCUGAAAUUUUAUAAUGUUGACAAGACAUUUAUGAAACCAUUUUAAAUCGUUUACACAGAGUGAGCAAACAAAACAAAAUUACAUAUAUGGGUCCCGCGUGACCUGAACGCAGAAAAAAUAAUGGAUCAUAUUUAUGAUAAGCGGAAAGAACAUCAUAUUUACUCUAGGCUUUGAUGAAAAGCCUAACGAAAAUAUAGUCACGGUUAAAAAUGAAGACUCUAACAUGAAAAAACACUACGUUUGAACAUUAUUUGCAAUACUUCUGGUAGACCGCUCAUUUGUUACAAUUGCCAAAUAUAAUCCACAAUUUCCACAGUUUACAUUUAAUUAUUAUUUUUCUAGAAUACAGUCGACAAAAAAACUAGAGGAACAGAGUGCGAAGUCGUAAAUUUUAAGUGAUUUUGUGAUUUGAAUCAAUAAUAACCAUACCAAACAAUAGUUAUAGAGCUAGAAACUGAACUUAUAAAUUCCAUACAGAUAUAGCUAGAAUUUUUGGAAAAAAAAACUUACAAUUUAUGAUGUUCGCAAAGGUAGAGAACGAAUUACUGCGAUUCCUACGACGGAAUCAACAAAAGUGGCGUGAGAAAAAUACAUUUACUUGCGAGACGCUAUCAUGAAUAAAACCGACACAGCCUUUGCUAUUACCAGACAAUGCAUCGCCAUGUGUAACGGCAUGAGAAUGCAUUG